UAGUCAUUCAAGUUCCGAGACUUGCUCAAGUAACGGCUACCACAUAGAGAAUUCUGAUCCCAUUCGAAGCACAGCGGAGCUAACAACUAACUGCAGCACAUAAACGGAGUACUUGGAAAGCCAAAGGAUGGCCGCGAAUCCCCAAUGGUUAAGGCUUAACAUUCUAGUUGUGCUCCUCCAGCUGGGUGGAUUGAACCUCAUCCAUGCCAAUACCGAGACAUGCAGCAGUCGUCAGCAGCAAUGCCCAUUGCAACCGUUAUAUCGCUCGGUCAACGAUCAUCGCAGUGAACUGGAGGAAUACGACGAGCACCUAAUAUAUAGACAAACAAAUGAGAGGAAUGACAAGCCAAUGUAUCGGGAGAACAGUCGGCGAGAUGAUUGGUCAGUACGACUAGACUCCGAGGAUCGCGUACAGUUACUUGCUCGCGAUGACAGGCGGGACUCUCGCAGGGAAGUGCGACAAACUGAUCGUCGCGAUCAUACUCGCCGAGAGGCAGAACGUGAAGAUACCCGUGAUGAUACUCGCCGAGAGGAUCUGCAAAGGGAAGUACGUUCUGUUCUCCGAAGAAAGGACUACGAUGAUAAUCGUAGGGAACAACGCAAAGAUUUCCGAAGCGAACAACGUGAUGUUAUUAGCCGAGAGGACCGUGUAGAUCUUCGAAGGGAAGGCCACUCUGAUAUCCGAAGAGAGGAACGCGGUGAUAUUCGCAUAGAUAGCCGCAAUGAUUUCCAAAGGGAGGUUCGUGAUGGCAGUCGCCAAAAAGAACGCGAAGAUCUCCGAAGGGAAGAAAGUUCUGAUCUCCGAAUGGAAGAACGUCGGCGAGAGGAAAGCGAAAAGGAUAUCGGCCGAAAGGAACGUGAUGCUAUUCGCAUGGAAAGCCGCGAUGAUUUCCGAAGAGAGGAACGCGACGAUAUUCGCCUAGAAGAUCUCCGAAGGGAAGAAUUUGGUGAUAUUCGCACUGUAAGCCGCAAUAAUUUCCAAAGGGAGGAACGUGAUGAUAUCCACCGCGAGGAACGUAAUGAAAUUCGCAUGGAAAGCCGCGAUGAUUUGCGAAGGAUGGGUGAUUAUACUCGUCGACUGGAACGCGAUGACCUCCGAAGGGACGAACGCUAUGAUAUUCGCCGAGAAGAUCUCCGAAUGGUUGUGCGAUCUGAUCUUCGUAGGGAGGAACAUGAUGACAUUCGUCGAGAGGAACGCGAAGAUUCCCGAAGAGAGGAACGUGAUGAUAUUCGCCGAGAAGAUCUCCGAAGGGAAGAACGCUUUGAUCUCCUUAGGGAGGAACAUGAGGAUGCCCGAAGAGAGGAACGUGAUGACGUUCGUCGAAAAGAAGACUUACGAAGCGAAGGACGCGAAGAUCUCCGAAGGGAAGAACGUUAUGAUGUUCGGCGAGAGGAACGCGAAAAUGAUAUCCGCCGAGAGGAGCGUGCUGAUAUUCGCAUGGGAAACCGAGAUGAUUUCCGAAGAGAGGAACGCGAUGAUAUUCGCCGAGAAGAUCUUCGAAGGGAGGAACGUGAUGAUUUUCGCCGCAAGGAACGCGAAGAGGGCAUCCGUCGAGAAGAACGCUCCGAUCUCCCAAGGGAGAAACGAGAGGAUUUCCGAAACGAAGGAUGCUCCGAUCUCCAAAGGGAAGAACGUGAUGACAAUACACGAAAACAAGAACGCUCCGAUCUCCGAAGGGAACAGCGUAAUAAUAUUCGCGAUGAUGCAUUGCGACGACAUGAGCAACGAGAAGACAUCCAGCGACGUGGCGAAAAUGAGGAACGCGACAGUCGUCGCUAUGAGGAAAGGUUGGAGCGUGUGGAUGCAGAACGCGAUGAAAGGCGAGUGAGUCGGGAGGGUAUGCGACGAGUUGAAAUUGAAAGUGACCGAGAAGUUCGAGACUCCGAUAUGGUCUCUCGCCGUGAAAUUCAACGUGAUGGCCUUCAGCAACAAGAACGUAAUAGUCGUCGUGGAGAGGAACGCACUGUGCAACUACGUGAAGACCGCGAUAUAUCUCGAAGACAGGAACGUGAAGCUCGUCGCGAUGAGAUGCGAGCAGAGCGCGGCACUCGACGACAGACUGAACGAGUUGAUCUGUUGGAUGCUGCUCGAAGACAGCAGCUUGAAACCCGCCGUCGUGUGAACGUGGAGCGAGAUGCGAUGAAUCAAAUAAAUCACGAGAGGAGACGGGAAAGGGAAGGAAUUCAGCGUUCAAGUGAUCGCUAUGUUGUUCGACAAGAGGAAAGAAACGAUCUCCGCCUUGUAAAUCGUGAGGAACGAACACAGAAACAGGAAGAUCGUCAACUUGUUACGGAAAACAUGCGGCGGAUCGUUAGCUCUCGGCGUGAAGAUCGUUUUGGAGAUCAACAUGAGAACCGACGAGACGAACGUGUUGAUAUCCGACGAGAGGAGGGCAUCAACCGCCGUCAUCAAGAGCGCGAUAUCUCACGCAGCCAAGAACACGAGCAACGCGGUGUAUCUCGAAGAGAGGAACGUGAUGCCGAUAUCUCUCGACGUGGAGAACGACGUGGAGAUAUGCGGGAGGACGAUCGACAGCAGGUCGACAGUCCUCGUGACAUGGAACGUCGUGAGCGCGAGGCUUUAGCCGCUAGGGGGUCAAUGGAGAGUGAGGGACGUGAAAGUCGAGAAGAUGCCAGGUUGAGUGCCCGUGUCAUAUCGUCAGCAUAUAAGAGCAAUAAUCUUGAAGACCAAAGGCUGUUUGCACAGGAUAUGUCUCUGGCCUGGCUAAGCAAUAACUACAGCAAACAGAUUCUUUUGAUUGCAGGUCAAGCGCUAAUUUUGCUAGUACUCUACUCAAAGUUGAACAGCCGUAAGGGACAUGAUCUGGGACACCGACUGGGUCAUCAUAUCCAGGGCUUUAUGCAUCCAGCUGGCUGUUAAGGCACACGGCUAACACGACAAACACGGCUUUACGAGAAACUUGAUAACCUGAAACGCAUAAGUACCUAAGCAAAUAUACAUACAUAUAUACGGAAAUGCUAUUUAAAGAAUAACCCCUUCGUUCCCACAUACCGUGCAGCGAGCUGAAUGCCGAGAGUGGAUCUGAGAGAUGUGUUUGCAAAUGUAUUCUACAAUUUAUUCGAACUGUUACUGUAAACUGUAAACUGUAAACUACACUGAACUACAAGCAAAUAUAUAAGUUAUACAUAGUUGAGCAUA